AUGUUCUUGUCACGAUCCGCUGUGGCCGUCGCCAGACGUGCUGCCGUCUCCCCCAUCGUCCGCCGAAGCUUCACCGCCUCCGUCAUCCGCCGUGAUGCCGGUGCCAAGAAUGUCGAGCCCCAUGCCAGCGUGGGCCAGAAGCUGAAGACCUUUGGAGAUAUCAAGACCGAGGAUGACCUGGUCGGACCCGGUGCCGCCCCUGGUAGCGUCCCUACCGAUCUCGAGCAGUCCACCGGUCUCGAGCGUCUCGAAAUCCUCGGAAAGAUGGAGGGCGUCGACAUCUUCGACAUGCGCCCCCUGGACGCUUCGCGGAAAGGAACUUUGGACAACCCCAUCAUGGUCAAGUCUGCUGGUGAUGAGCAGUACGCCGGUUGCACUGGUUACCCCGCCGACUCUCACGUCGUUACCUGGUUGGGCAUGAACCGCGAGCGCCCCAUUGAGCGAUGCCCAGAAUGCGGCAGCGUCUACAAGAUGGAGUACGUUGGACCUCAGGACGAUCACCACGGCCACCACGACCACCACGGCUACGAGGAGCCCAAGACCUUUGCCGACUUUGUCAAGCCCGAGUACCGCUAA